AACUCUACCAUCUGACAUGGACUGUGUUUUUAUUUCAUGUGACGUGUGCUUGUGAAUGAUGCGUUGAUAUAGGAAUAAUCGAGGCAUACUGCAGACUGCAUGCAACCACUUGUGCUUUUCUUGGGAUCGGAAAGACGCGCUAUAACAGCUGACGCCUCGCUUCUUGUAGGUGUCACUCGAUUUGGGUGGUGAGCGUGGAUUAGCUUUGGUAAAGGUUCGGCGCUAAAGUAAAAUCGCCGUGAUCGGACUGCUCUUUUUAUCAACUGUAAACGACUAUGUGAAGAGGGGGCUGGAUUAAAUGUGGCUAUCAACGUAAAAUCAAUUCAACAGGAUCGGAGUUUCCUUGAGGGAUCGGUGUUUAUUUUACAGAGGCAGCAGCCCGAGGGAUUGCUGCUUGAUUUUUGGCUGCUCUUCCGGCGGUCGCCUGCCUUAUGGAGUUGCACCCCUUUCUUUUUAAACAUCUCGUCUGAGAGUACCCUCUGUACAGAAGAAAAAGAAAAGGAUAUCGGAAAGGUGCGUCCAGAUAGCGCUCCUCGCUUAUCAACAAUGAAUACCAGCGAUGCAAAGGAGUACCUUGCGAAGAAAGAGAUACCUCAACUGUUUGAGAGUCUGCUGACUGGAUUGAUGUACUACAGACCAGAUGAUCCAGUUGAGUACAUGGAAGGUUGCUUGAAAAAGGUCCGAGAACUUGGGGGGACAGACAAAGUGAGGUGGGACACAUUUGUUGGACAGGAGAAAAAAACCCUUCCCCCACUCAAUGGAGGCCAGUCCAGGAGAUCGUUUUUCAGAAAUGUGUUGCCUGAUAGCUCCAACUUUCCUUAUCGCCGCUAUGAUCGAUUACCACCUAUCCAUCAGUUCUCAAUUGAGAGUGAUUCAGAUCUUUCUGAAACUGCUGAGCUGAUUGAGGAAUAUGAUGUGUUUGACCCAAACAGACCCCGGCCCAAGUUAAUUUUUGUUAUUGGUGGUCCUGGGAGUGGAAAAGGUACCCAGAGUCUGAAGAUUGCUGAGCGCUAUGGGUUUGAAUAUAUUUCUGUUGGAGAACUUCUGCGAAAAAAGAUGAUCCACAAUGCCACCAGCAACAGAAAAUGGAGCCUAAUUGCAAAAAUAAUUACAAAUGGAGAGUUGGCACCACAGGAGACAACAAUCACAGAGAUAAAGCAGAAACUAAUGCAAAUCCCUGAAGCCAAUGGCAUCGUUAUUGAUGGUUUUCCCAGAGAUGUGGGACAAGCUUUAUCCUUUGAGGACCAGAUCUGCACUCCAGACCUGGUAGUGUUCUUGGCAUGUGUCAAUAACAGACUCAAAGAGAGACUAGAGAGGCGGGCCGAGCUUCAAGGGAGACCAGAUGACAAUCCCAAAGCCACAGAGAGGCGUCUGGCUAACUUCAAACAGAAUGCCAUUCCUUUGGUCAAGUACUUCCAAGAGAAGGGCCUCAUUGUGACGCUGGAUGCUGACAGAGAUGAAGAAGAGGUGUUUUAUGACAUUGCGGUAACUGUUGACAACAAGCUGUUUCCUACCAAAGAACCUGUUGCAGGACCCAGUGAUCUUGACCUGAGUCUGCUUGUAGAUUCCGCUGAUUCAGCAGAUAUUGGCUCCGAUUCUGAAGAGCAGGGCUGGCAGUCUGAAGACCAAAUAACAGUCUAUGGGGAUGACAGCAUAGAAGAGGACCUGAAGAAAUCCAAGAUAAUCUUUGUAAUUGGUGGUCCAGGCUCUGGAAAGGGCACACAGUGUGAGAAGAUAGCAGAGAAGUAUGGCUUCACUCACCUGUCAUGUGGUGACAUCAUUCGCAAUGAGCUGCUGUCCGACAGUGAGAGAGGCAACCUUAUCAAGGACUUUAUGGAGCGAGGAGAACAUGUCCCAAUGGAGACAGUGCUGGAGCUGAUGAGAGAAGCCAUGGUUACAAAUCUGGAGAGCACCAAAGGAUUCUUGAUUGACGGCUAUCCACGGGACCUGAGACAAGGAGAAGGCUUUGAAAUGAAGAUAGCCGAACCCUCUCUGGUGUUGUACCUGGACUGCUCUGCUGACACCAUGACCAAGCGAAUACAGAAAAGGAUCCAAGGUAUGCCAUGUUAUGAUGACAGCCAGGACACAAUCCGAAAAAGAGUGGACGCCUUCUACCAAACCAUAGAGGUUAUUACAGCUGGUUAUGAAAGGAGGAAACUGUUAAAAACGAUCAAUGUAGAGACAGGUCCGGAUGAAGUGUUCCUCCAAGUGUGUUCAGCCAUCGAUGCUCUCUUCUAAAGAUGCUCCAGGAAAGUGGGCUCCGAUCGAGCGUGUUCUAUACCCGGACCAGGUGUACUAUAUACAGCCCCUCUGGACACAGCUAAUGUUCUCAGCAGCCUUGCUUCAGUAAAAGCAACUUUCUUCGAAGUACUGCAUGUGGAAUUUACUUCACGGGAAGCUUUCAUGUAUGUUCUAAUAUGCGAGCAGAUUGAUACUGCACUGAUUGUUGUUCCCUCUCCUGCGCAUCACCUCCCCUCAGCUGACCAAAAUAUAUAUAAAGAUUUUAUCCUAUGCUGUCUCAAUGUAAAUAAUUACACAUUCAGGUAGAGAUACUGAAAGAUUUUUUAUGAAAUUUGGAUUGUAAAUAUAAAUCGCUGCCGACGUACAGUAAACCUUAUUAUUGGUUCAGCCUCAGUCACCUCACCACAGAAUCACUUAAUAAACACAAACCUUUGGAUGAUUGAGUAGCCGGCUAAAAGCAGCUCCAUAUAGGCUGUCCCACCUAGACUGUUGAGGGUCUCGAUCUCACAGGAAUGGUUUACAAUUGUGAAUAAUGGGCAAUGGCUGCUGUGUUAGUGUACAGUUACGUUUAUUUUUCCAGUUCUUAUAAAAGUGACCAUUUGAAAGCUGAGAUGGGUCUGUUGCAGAAGACAAAUAGUAGAUGUCUAAUGGAUUUUGGUCCUGAGGUGAAAUCCCAGCCUCUUCCCUGUCUCUGCGGAAUUUUCAGAUUCAUGCGGUGUCUACUUGGGUUUUUCUUUGGGUACUCCGGUUUUUUCUUUCUCAGUCUUCCUUUGUUUUCUGCCAUGUUAAUUGGAAAUCUGAAAUUGUCAGAGUAUGAGUGAGUUUGGGUGUUAACAUAUCUGAGAAGGAGAAGAAAGGCCCCAGCCAUCACAGUCCAGCUCAUUCAACAAUACAUUGAUGUCAGUAUCCACAAUGGUAAGAAUGGAGUGGUCUGCGAAUGGAAACCAUUUUGAAUAAGCCACUCACAAAGGUAAUGUGAAGGCACUUCACAUUUAAAUUUUGUUUUACUUCAGUGACAGUAGAUCCAUUUAUAAGAGAGCACAAUUGAGUAAAUAUUGUGUGAGAGGUUUUAAUGUGACCACCUAAGCCAUUUUCUUUACAACUGAAAGACUUGCAGAUUUGCUAAAGAGGUAAUACAUCAUAAGUCAUGAUGGCCCACCGAUUAUUAGCUCUGUGUCGCGGCUCCUGGUCACAAGCUGUGUGCCCUUUAGUUGUUCUCCCUUAGCCACUGUGACAUUAUUUUCCACCUUCCACCUUUCAAAGACCUUUAAACGGACCUGCAGUGAAUAAGGUUGGGAGUGUGUGUCCCAUGAUGGAGUGCUGCUUCAUCCAGGAAGGCAUGCCGUGCACCCAGUGCUGCUCAGACGUGCUGCAGCCUCUAGAGUGAAAUCUGUCAAAUGACAAGACAUAGAGGGCGAUGGUCUGAAAAUGAAUUCAGAUGGAGCAGGAUUAGUUUCACGAUCACGUUCAGAGAACGUCUCAUAUCCAUUAGUGUGUUAUAAUUGCAUACAACAGUGUGCAGCGCUCGCUGGAGAAAUUCUGAAUAAAUUAUCACAAAGCCUCGGCUCUUUUGUAGAGUAACCAGUGGAGGCGAUAGGUUUUAUUUAGGAUAUUGAGAGCAUGAAAUUAAUUUUCACUUCGAGAAUGAAAAUCUGACUUUUCAAGAACUUGCAUUAGCAAAAUAAAAAAAAAUAAUGAUGGCAAAACUACACUGUUCAAACAUUCACAAAGUAUACAGGGAGCGAGCGUCAAGGAAUAACAAAAUGAAAGACAUCCCAUCAAGCCUUGUGCCCUGUGUUGGCUGGGCUUGGCUCCAGCAGACCCCCG